AGAGUCUUGUGAUAUGCCUAUACUUGAGAAUGCUGCAACUAAGAAUAAUAGCACGUGGUUUAAACUCAAUGACAAAUUAGACUAUGAAUGUCAUGUUGGAUAUGAAAAUGAAUAUAAGCAUACCAAAGGCUCUAUAACAUGUACUUAUUAUGGAUGGACUGAUAUACCCUCAUGUUAUGAAAGAGAAUGCAGCAUUCCCAUGCUAGACCCAAACUUAGUCGUUUCUCCCAGAGAAGUAAAAUACAGAGUUGGAGACUUGUUGGAAUUCUCUUGUCGCACAGGACACAGAGUUGGACCAGAUUCAGUGCAAUGCUAUCACUUUGGAUGGUCCCCUAGUUUCCCAACAUGUAAAGUAGGUCAAGUAGGAUCGUGUGCACAACCUCUUGAAAUCCUUAAUGGGGAAAUUAAGGGAACAAGGAAAGUUGAAUACAGCCAUGGUGAUGUGGUGGAAUUUGAUUGCAAAACUAGAUUUCUACUGAAGGGACCCAAAAAAAUUCAAUGUGUUGAUGGGAAGUGGACAACCUUGCCUGUAUGUGUUGAGGAGGAGAGAACAUGUGGAAAUAUUCCUGAACUUGAGCAUGGCUCUGUCCAGUUUUCUGUCCCUCCCUAUCACCAUGGAGUUUCAGUGGAGUUCACUUGUGCAGAAACCUUCACAAUGAUUGGACCGGGGUCAGUUUCUUGCAUUAGUGGAAGGUGGACCCAGCUUCCUCAAUGUGUUGCAACAGAUGAACUGAAGAAGUGUAAAGCACUGAAGUCAACUGACAUAGAGGCAAUUUACCCAAAUAAGUAUGAAUUUAAUCAUAACUCUAACAUGAGUUACAAAUGUAGAGAAAAACAUGAGUAUGAAUACUCAAUCUGCAUCAAUGGAAGAUGGGAUCCUGAACCACACUGUGCAAGAAAAGAGAAAAUAUCCUGUCCUCCUCCACCACAGAUUCCAAAUGCCCAAGUGAUAGAAACCACAGUGAAAUACUUGGAUGGAGAAAAAGUAUCUGUUCUUUGCCAAGACAAUUACCUAACUCAGGACCCAGAAGAAAUGGUGUGCAAAGAUGGAAGGUGGCAGUCAUUACCACGUUGCAUUGAAAAAAUUCCAUGUUCCCAGCCCCCUAAAAUAGAACAUGGAUCUAUUAUACACAGAUCUUCUGAAGAAAGGAGAGAUUCAACUGAGUCCAGCAGCCAUGAACAUGGAACUACAUUUAGCUAUGUCUGUGAUGAUGGUUUCAGGAUAUUUGAAGAGAAUGUGAUAACCUGCUACAUGGGAAAAUGGAGCUCUCCACCUCGUUGUAUUGAUAAUUCCUGUGUGGAUCCACCACAUGUGCCAAAUGCUACUAUAGUCACAAGGUCCAAGGCUAAAUAUCCAUCUGGUGACAGAGUACGUUAUGAAUGUAACAAACCUUUUGAACUAUUUGGGGAAAUGGAAGUAAUCUGUCUAAAUGGGAUUUGGACAGAACCACCGACAUGCAAAGACUCAACAGGGAAAUGUGGGCCUCCUCCACCUAUUGACAAUGGAGACAUCACCUCCUUGUCAUUAUCAGUAUAUGCACCAUUAUCAUCAGUUGAAUAUCAGUGUCAGAACUAUUAUCUACUAAAAGGAAAGAAGACAAUAACAUGUAGAAAUGGAAAGUGGUCUGAGCCACCAACUUGUUUACUUGCAUGUGUAAUAGCAGAAGAUAUUAUGAAAAGAUAUAACAUAGUCCUCAGAUGGAGAGAAAAUCAAAAGAUUUAUACCAAAUCAGGGGAGAAUAUUGAAUUUAUGUGUAAACCUGGAUUCAAGAAAAUAAGAGGAUCUCCUCCACUUCAUACAAGGAAAAGAAUUGGAUGUACUAGCAUGGUGAGGACAAGAAGGGAAAGAUGAAAAGAGCAACAGUCCCCUCCUUCUAUGUCCUUAUAUAGGUUUACAGAAGAAGUUGUGGCCCAGAUUAAAUGUGUGUCCUCCAUCCUCAAAUUCUGGAAUAAAGUCAUGUAUCUUCCUGCCUCAA